AUGAAGUUCUUCGCCCCCAUCCUCUUCGCUGGGGUGGCGCUUGCGUCCACAAAAUUCACGGUCCGGGUGAACAGCGACGACGUGCCGUUCUUCGGGCACGACAAUGCAACGAUACCCCAACCGUAUGAUGAGCUGUCGAGAGUUGGCUUCACAUACGACAGAAAUACUGGAGAUGUAGUGUUGAGUCUCGAUGAUCAGGGCCACCUUGAAGGUUUCGUUCUACGGAAAGAGGGCAAUGAGGAUGGUAUCUUUGGCUUGGUUGUGGAUCAGCCCAUCGAGGGUACAGGAGACAUUACUGGAUCAUUUACGAUUGAUGACAACACCGGCGAAUUCAGAAAUACUUUCGACAGCGAUUUGAGAUGGUGGUUUUGUUCUCCCCAGGGAACCCCUGAUGAGCAGGUCUACAUCUAUCUGACGGCGGGGCCGGUUGCUGUGGAUUCAUGCUGGACUGUCCACGAGUUGAUCGCGUGGCCUUUGUGA